ACAAAAGUUUUGAGAGUACAAGAAACAUCAGAACUAUCAUCAAAUGACUAUGGUGAUAAAAGUUCAAGAAAAACAAGAAGAAAGAUAUGUUGGUCUCCUAGUGCUAAUGAAUCGUCACUCAAAAAAUCAAAACUUCCAACUCCUCCUUGCUUGAUUCAAGAUGAUAUUGAUUUAGAAGAUAUUGAAGUCUAUGAACUAGAUAUGAAUAAACCAAUUGGUACACAGACUCAAGAAAUAUUUUCACAAAAUUCAUCUUCUAAUCAUAAUGAAUUAAAUGCUGAUUAUUAUGACUCAACUAUAAAAAUAAAUAAAUCGACUCAUUCUACGCCACAAGUAUUGCAUACCAGUCAAGUACUUCAUGAAACAACACCACAAAAUAUUGAUUGUUAUUUACCUUCAACUGAAAAUACUUCUGAUAUAAAAAAUGAACUUAAGGCUUUCAAACAAAUUGUAAGCCGAAAUCAAGUCACCAUAAAGUAUGAAAUAAAGAAUAUAUAAGAAAGACUUGAUUUGAUUUCAAAUAUGCAAGAAAAAAUAUUAGAUAAAUUAAUAAAUAAUCAAACCAUUAUUGAUUAUACAGAAUAUAAUUAUGAAGAAUUCUUAACCCCCAUGGAAAGUGAUGAAGAGUUGGAAAAAAUGGAAGAUAAAAUAAAAACUGAUUUGGCUUACAGAAAAACUGUGGUCACAGAAUUAUCAAGAUUAAUGGGACAAAAUUUGUCAGAAACAGUUAGAAAAAUAAUGCAAAAGUUAUUCAAUGAUAAUUUGCUUACAUUCUACUCUUAUAUUGGUUUUAAAGGGAAAAAACAAUUUUCAACUCUACAAACUUGUGCAGUUAUAUUCGAAUCCAUAAGAAGAAUGAAAAAAUUUACUGAUAUAACAAAUAUAGAAAUCGAAAAACCUCUGAAGACGUGGAUGGCACAAGCUUCUGCUCGCCUCAAAAAAAUUGAUGAAAAAAAAUCUUCAUGAUAAUGUUAUCAUAACUAUUUCUUUAUAUAUGUAUUUAUGUGUUUAUAUAUAUAUA